CUGGGGUCCGUGGUCCGGCUGUAGUGUGACGUGUGGAGUUGGUUCGAGGUCUCGGGACAGACUCUGUAACAACCCCCCUCCAACUGACGGUGGGGCGGACUGUAUGGAACCUGGUCGGGAGACAGAACUAUGCAACACGGGGGUGACCUGCCCACCUGUGCCAAUUCCUGGCGGCUGGUCAAACUGGGGACCAUGGUCCGACUGCAGUGGGACGUGUGGCGAUGGUACGAGGUCUCGGACCCGAACCUGCACCCAGCCUGUACCGGCCAACGGUGGGUCGGACUGUGUUGGAGCAGCUCAACAGACACAACAAUGCAACACGGGGGUACCCUGUCCAGUUAAUGGUAGUUGGUCAAACUGGAGCCCGUGGUCCGACUGCAGCGUGACGUGUGAAGUUGGUGUGCGGACUCGGACCCGAACCUGCACCCAGCCUGCACCGGCUAACGGUGGGGCGGACUGUGUUGGACAGGCUCAGGAGACAGAACAAUGUAACACAGGGGUAACCUGUCCAGUUCAUGGCGGUUGGUCAAACUGGGCCCCAUGGUCCGACUGCAGCGAGACUUGUGGACUUGGCACGAGGACUCGGACCCGAACCUGCACCAAUCCUGUACCGGCUAACGGUGGGGCGGACUGCGAUAGACAAGCUCAGGAAACAGAACAAUGCGACACAGGGGUGACCUGUCCUGUUGAUGGUGGUUGGUCAAACUGGGGUCCGUGGUCCGGCUGCAGUGUGACGUGUGGAGUUGGUUCGAGGUCUAGGGACAGACUCUGUAACAACCCUCCUCCAACUGACGGUGGGGCGGACUGUAUGGAACCUGGUCGGGAGACAGAACAAUGUAACACGGGGGUGACCUGUCCACCUGUGCCGGUUAAUGGAGGUUGGUCAAACUGGGCCCCAUGGUCCGGCUGCAGUAGCACGUGUGGAGUUGGUUCGAGGUCUCGGACCCGAACCUGCACCAACCCUGCACCAGCUAACGGCGGGGCGGACUGUGUUGGACAAACUCAGCAGACACAACAAUGCAACACGGGGGUGCCCUGUCCUGUUGAUGGCGGUUGGUUGAACUGGAGCCCGUGGUCUGGCUGCAGCGUGACGUGUGAAAUCGGUACGAGUAGUCGGACCCGAACCUGCACCAAUCCCCCACCAGCUAACGGUGGGAUGGACUGUGUUGGACAAGCUCAAGAGACGCAGCAAUGCAAUACAGGCGUGUCCUGUCCAGUCGAUGGUGGUUGGUCAAACUGGGGCUCAUGGUCCGGAUGCAGCAGGACGUGUGGAAUUGGUACAAGGUCUCGGAGCCGAACCUGCACCCAGCCUGCACCGGCUAACGGCGGGGCGGACUGUGUUGGACAAACUCAGCAGACACAACAAUGCGACACGGGGGUGCCCUGUUCCGUUGAUGGUGGUUGGUCAAACUGGGGCCCAUGGUCCGGCUGCAGUGUGACGUGUGGAGUUGGCACGAGGUCUCGGGACAGAAUCUGCAACAACCCUCCACCAUCUAACGGUGGGGCGGACUGUGAAGGACAAGCUCGGGACACAGAACAAUGCAACACAGGGGUGAUCUGUCCUGUUGAUGGCGUUUGGUCGAACUGGGGUACAUGGUCCGGCUGCAGCGUGACGUGUGGGUUUGGUACGGAGACUCGGACCCGAACGUGCACCAACCCUGCACCAGCUAACGGUGGGGCGGACUGUUUUGGACAGACUCAAGAAACACAACAAUGCAACACGGGGGUGUCAUGUCCAGUUGACGGUAAUUGGUCAAACUGGGGCUCAUGGUCUGGAUGCAGUAGGACCUGUGGACUCGGUUCAAGGACUCGGACCCGAACCUGCACCAACCCACCAGCUAACGGCGGGGCGGACUGUGCCGAUCAAGCUCAGCAGACACAGCAAUGCGACACAGGAGUGACCUGUCCUGUUGUAGUCGAUGGGGGCUGGUCAAACUGGGGUCCGUGGUCCGACUGCAGCGUGACGUGUGGAGUUGGUACGAGGUCUCGGAGCCGAACCUGCACCAAUCCUGUACCGGCUAACGGUGGGGCGGACUGUGUUGGAUCGGCUCAGGAGGCACAACAGUGCAACACUGGGGUACAAUGUCAAGUUGACGGCGGUUGGUCAAACUGGGGACCUUGGCCAAGCUGCAGCGUGACGUGUGGACUUGGGACGGGAACUCGGACCCGAACCUGCACCCAGCCUGUACCAGCUAACGGCGGGGCGGACUGUGUUGGGCCAGCUCAGGAGGCACAACAAUGCAACACUGGAGUGUCCUGUCCUGUUGAUGGCGGCUGGACAAACUGGAACCCAUGGUCCGGCUGCGGUGUGACGUGUGGAGUUGGCAUGAGGACGCGGACCCGAACCUGCACCGAGCCUGUACCAGCGAACGGUGGAGCGAGCUGUGUUGGAGCAGCUCAGGAGACACAGCAAUGCAACACGGGGGUGACCUGUCCACCUGCAGUAAAUGGCGGCUGGUCAAACUGGGGCCCAUGGUUUGACUGCAGCGUGACGUGUGGAGUUGGUUCGAGGUCUCGGAGCCGAACCUGCACCAACCCCGUACCGUCUAACGGUGGGGCGGACUGUGUUGGAUCAGGUCAGGAGACGGAGCAAUGCAACAUUGGGGUGACCUGUCCUGUCGAUAGCAGUUGGUCAAACUGGGGCCCGUGGUCCGACUGCAGUGUGACUUGUGGAGUUGGUACGAGGACUCGGGAUCGAACCUGCACUGGUACUGGUGGGGCAAACUGUGUUGGACUAUCUCAGGAGACACAACAAUGCGCCACGGGGACGCCAUGUCAAGUUGAUGGCGGCUGGGCAACCUGGGGGCCAUGGUCCGGUUGCAGCGUGACUUGUGGACUUGGAAUGAGGUCUCGGGACCGAGCCUGCGUGAAUCCCCCACCAGCUAACGGCGGGGUGGACUGUUCUGGACCAACUCAGGAGACACAACAAUGCGACACAGGGGACCCCUGUCCUGCUGUAGUUAAUGGCGGUUGGUCAAGCUGGGGUCCAUGGUCCGGCUGUGGCGUGACCUGUGGAGUUGGCGUGAGGACUCGGAACCGGGGUUGCAACAACCCUGCACCGGCCAACGGUGGGGCGGACUGUGUUGGACCGGUUCAAGACACACAACCUUGCAAUGUGGGAGUGUCCUGUCCAGUCAAUGGCGGUUGGUCAAACUGGGGCGCGUGGUCUGACUGCAGCGUGACGUGUGGAGUUGGCGUGAGGAAUCGGGCCCGAGCCUGCACCAACCCUGCUCCUGGUCUUGGUGGCACGGACUGUGUGGGACAAGCUGUGCAGACACUAGAAUGCAACACCGGGGUGACCUGUACAGCUCCUCAUAACUUCUAUGUGGUCAUGAACAACGUCAGAAUGACUGAUCAGCUAAGAAACAGAAGUUCUGAGGUCUACAGAAAUACGACAGCACAAAUCCAAGAAGUGCUGGAGCAAUAUCAUUCGAACAGUCCGAAUAGAGACGACGUCCAGCGCGUAGAAGUCAACGACAUCACCACCAUCAACGGCCGGGUUGUUGCGAACUACACCGUGUAUCUGCGGACUGAUAGCGUCAAUGAAGGGUUUGAUCUGGAGGCUUAUCUUAGAGAAGCCAGUGACCUGAACGUCGAAAACACCCUUGGGAUAGACUUCAAGACAACGUGCUAUAUUGGUGGCAGGGAUGAAUUUUGUCCAACAACUACACCAGGGAACGUUCUUCAACCCGGUAUCCUAGCGGGGAUAAUUGUCGGAGCGGCGUUGCUAGCUGCUCUACUCUUCGCCCUGUUAUGCUGUCUGUGCCCCUAUAUAUGUGCGCCAAAGAAAUACUAUUACUACUACAGACCAAGGCGGUAUUAUCUACGACCAAUACGACGCUACUUGCCUAUGCGGAACGGUCUUCCGUUGAAGACCCAACAGCACCCCCGGCCCUUCCCACGACCGCACCGGCCGCCGCCGUCCUACCGUCCCCGGGACAGUCAGUCCGUCACCUGGUCCACCACCAUCUCCGAUUCCUUCGAUUCUACCUCCGACGUCUCCUCCGUUUCUGGAUAUGCAACUCUACGGCACACACCCGAAGGAUCGGCACCGUCAUUAUCAUCAUCAAUUAUAAUAGCAAAACUACGUUAACUUUAUUAAUUGUAAUAAACAUUAUUGAGGAAAGAAUUUUACUUAUUUAUCGCCCACAAACGUUGUUACAGAUGCUAUAAAUGGCGUCGUUGAAAAAAAUCUAAAAUUUCACACAUGUAUUACUAUGCAUAGUUAGAUUGCUAGGUGUUCAUUGAAGUAGAUUGUAGAUGUUAAUUGGAGUAUAUCUCAAUACUAUAGUGUUAGACAUUACAAGUUUUAUUAGCACCUUAACGGCAUAUACAUGUAGUAUCUACUACUAGUAUUUUAUAUAAUGAUAAGUUUACUUCCUAGUGUAGUUUGUUUGAUUUUACUCACUAUGAACUC